CGGACACUUCCGUUCCAGCCCCUGCCCCAGCCCACCCAUGCGCUACAGGCGACAUAAGAUCCCAAACGAGACCAUACGGGAGAGUACACGCGAGAAUAUGCUGGAGACCACGGACCACCAAUUCCGGACCCGGAGGACUUCACACGUGCUUUGCCGCAAUCUAGGGCAUAUCCUGAAUUUCUGUCCCGCGUGGCUCAGGUCGAUGGCGCUUCGCUGUCGUCGUCGAUGCUCCGACUGUUGGGCUUCUGCCACUGCUUCCUCCCUAAGUUGCGGUUUGUCAGAAUUCCUCGUCACCUCCAUCGCUUCCUCAACAAUGUAUGGAGAGGGUCAGGUGAACGGGUGCACUCGGAUUCCGAGGCGGUAGAUUUCGCCAGUGCUGCUGGCAUCGCAGCUGACCGCUCUCACAGCGCGGGAGCUCGUCGCGAGCCUUCGCUGGUGCAUUCUGUCGGCACCAGCGCGGGAGCUCUUCGAUAGCCGUGCGCGGAUCCUCCUCGGGGACACUCGGCUGCCUCCUCACCCUCGCCCAGUGUAACACUUUGUGCUCAAGCCGUUUUUUCGGCGUCGUGCAGAGGCGCGCGGGGCCAUCGAGCCAGCGGGCGGCGGUGGGGAAGAUCGGGCUCGCGCGCGGCAUGCUCCACUUGUGGGACGCGCCGUGCCCCCCGGAGCUCAGCUGCGAGGUGGUGAGCUCCCUGGGCCCCCUGGCGUCGAUGGAGCUUCGCUGCGUGUCGCAGAAGCUCCGAGGGCUGAUGAGCCACCGCCUGCUCCGGCGCGCGGCUGAAUCCAGGCUGAGUGACGGCGCGGCGGCGCCUCUGUGCGAGCGCGUGCGCGCAGCGGCGGCGUGCGACGAUGACCUCGCCCUUGCGGUGCUGUCGGCGUCUGCCAGGUCGGGCCUUGACGAGGCCAACGUGCAUGGGCAGACGGCGCUGAUGUGGGCGGCUGGGCGCGGCUGCGCACCCCUUUGCUCGCUGCUGCUGGCGGAGGGCGCCCUCACCGAGGCCAUCGACUCCGGGGGCUGGACCGCGCUGUUCCGCGCCGCCUGGCACGGGCGGCGGGCAGCCAUCUCGGUGCUGAUCCGCGCCGGGGCGGACGUGAACUGCCAGAGCGCCAGGGUGCCACGGUGGACCGCCCCGGCGGAGUACACCCCGCUGAUGGCCGCGGCCCGCUUCGGCCACGCCGCCGUGGUGGAGCGGCUGCUGCUCGCGGGCGCGGACGCGGCCAGGGGCACCGUGCUCGGGGAGACGGCGCUGUCGCUGGCCCAGCAUCGCUCCCACCAGGCCGUCGUCGCGCUGCUGCGAGGUGCGCGGCCAGCGGGCGCCGCCGCUGGCCGCGGGAUCCCCGAGCCAUGGGUCUCCUCGCCCGCGUCCUGGGCGCUCGUCCCGGCCAGCUGCCGCCGCCACGCGGUCGGGGCCGUGGGGUGGGGGGAGGCGCAGCGGGCCUUCGAGGCGGCCCUGGCGGGCAGCUGAGGGCGGCGUCGCGCUCUCGCUGCCGGCGUUCCCGUUUCUCGCACCGUAUUGUGUCCCAGCUGAGGCGGCCGCCGCGGGCCGAGCCGCUUCCUCCUCAACGGUCGACCCCGUAACUUUUUCCUAGUGGUUGCUGGCCACGCGCCAGAAUCACACGGUAUGAUACACGCAGUGUGCGUUCCGGCGCGGGGUGCCCAUCCCCUCGCCAGACCCCGAUGCGGGCUCCGCUUCCAGUCCUUCUGCUGCUUGCGCUGGCGUUAUGGCACGCCGAGUCUGAGGCAUCGUCUCCGCAACGGUAGAGGGGCUGCAUGCGUGUGACCAGGGCGACUGCGUAGCCAUCGCGAGGUGACCACGGCCGUCGCAUCGUCAACAUUUUUUAUAUUGCACCAGCGCGGCGUCCGAAGUGCACCGUGCCUGGCCGGGGCGAGGCGCUGAUCACGAGCGAAUUCGGCAGACGCUCUAUGCGGACCCACCUGUACAUAGCGCAGAGUUCCGGGUGCACCGACUCGCGCUUUGAGGGCCGCGGCGCUCCUCGCGAGGGAGCCGCCGUGCCUCGCGGCCGCGACGGGGGGGUGCUGUUAGGCACCUCCCUGGCAUGGGCGCCGCUGUCUUGUUGAAGCGACAAGCUCGCUUUUGUGCAUCCGGGUGUCGCGCGUGGGCUCAGUUCCGGCACCGCCAGGGCGCGCGUGGCCCCCAGCGCUUGCAUGCAGCAGAAGCGCGCGUGUUCCGCCCUCCUCCCUCCUCCCCGUCGUCCUGGAGGUCCUCCCCCUCCCUCCUCCCUCCUU